AUGGCUGCUACCAAAGUUGGCCAUGGACUGGCCAAAGUCCUCGGUAUCAAACUCAACUAUCGCGACGAACUCAACAGUCAAGAAAUUCUUCGAGGAGAGUCAGUCUUUUCCAUUCAAACAGCCGACACAUUCGUAGAAGAAGAACCACGGAGUAUAGAAUGGAUCCAGGAUACCCUACCAGGUCGACAUGAACUCGCCGCCUACGGCCGGUCAUUAUUCCCAUUCUUAAGUUGGAUUGGUAGUUACAAUAUGCAAUGGCUGUUUGGUGAUUUGGUAGCUGGUAUCACCAUCGGUGCCGUCGUCGUACCUCAAGGUAUGGCCUAUGCCACUCUCGCUGAGCUUGAGCCUCAAUUCGGCCUUUACUCUUCCUUCAUGGGAGUUCUCGUCUACUGGUUCUUCGCCACAUCCAAAGAUAUCACCAUCGGACCUGUUGCUGUCAUGUCAAGUCUCAUCGGUCAAAUUCUAGUAAAGGCAGCUGUCACUCAUCCAGACGUUCCUGGUCAUAUUAUUGCAUCUUGUAUGGCGGUAAUUGCCGGUUGCAUCAUCGCUUUCAUUGGACUUAUUCGAUGUGGUUGGAUUGUCGAUUUGAUUUCCCUCGUCUCAAUUUCGGCAUUUAUGACUGGUUCCGCUAUCAGCAUUGCCGUUGGACAAGUUCCGACCUUGAUGGGUAUCAAAGGCUUCAACACUCGCGCAUCAACUUACAAGGUCUUCAUCAACACGUUGAAGCAUCUCCCAGACACAAAACUCGAUGCGGCCAUUGGGCUUACAGCUCUCUUCCUGUUAUAUGCUCUUCGAGCUGCUUGCAAUUACGGAGCCAAGAAAUUUCCAAACCGCAAGAGAGCAUUUUUCUUCGCAGCAACCCUUCGAACCGUAUUUGUUAUCUUGUUAUACACGUUGAUUAGUUGGCUCGUCAAUAUGCAUCAUCGCAAGAAGCCAUUGUUCAAGGUUGUUGGUACAGUUCCACGAGGGUUUAAAAACGCUGCCGUGCCAGAAGUCAACUCUUCGAUUAUCAACAUCUUUAUAGGUGAUUUACCUGCCACCGUCAUUGUUCUUCUCAUCGAGCACAUCGCAAUCUCUAAAUCAUUCGGACGUGUCAAUAACUAUGUCAUCAAUCCAUCUCAGGAGAUGGUAGCUAUUGGAGUCACAAACAUUCUUGGCGCUUUCCUUGGUGGUUACCCAGCUACCGGUUCUUUCUCCCGUACAGCAAUCAAAUCCAAGGCUGGCGUUCGAACUCCGUUCGCUGGUGUCAUAACUGCCGUCGUCGUUCUUCUAGCUAUCUACGCUCUUACGGCCGUCUUUUUCUACAUUCCGAGUGCAGCUUUAUCUGCAGUCAUUAUUCACGCCGUGGGAGAUCUAAUCACACCUCCGAACACUGUUUAUCAAUUUUGGCGUGUGUCCCCUAUCGAGGUUCUGAUUUUCUUCGCAGGUGUUAUUGUUACUAUUUUUAGCACGAUUGAGAUUGGUAUCUACGUAACUAUCUCGGUUUCUUUUGCCGUUCUCAUCUUCCGAGUUAUCAAGGCCAGAGGUCGUUUCCUGGGUAAAGUUAAGAUCUUUUCCGUUGGAGGCGAGACUGUCGAAUAUAGAUCGGCCCCCCUGGUCGACCAUGGCACUUUCCCAAAAUCCGAGGCCACUCAGUUUGAAGACUCGGGAUCUCGAACCGUAUUUCUUCCUUUCGAUCACGGUGACGGAAGCAAUCCAGAGAUUGAUGUUCAAACUCCCUAUCCCGGUAUCUUCAUCUAUCGAUUCUCGGAAGGAUUUAAUUAUCCAAACGCAAAUCACUACCUCGAUCACCUUACCAACACAAUCUUUGCAACCACCCGCCGAACUAACCCUAACCAUUACGCCCGUCCCGGUGAUCGCCCAUGGAAUGACCCCGGUCCACGUCGCGGAAAAGCUCCUGAAGAUCACAGUGAUCGCCCCAUCCUCAAAGCCAUAAUUCUUGAUUUCAGCUCCGUCAAUAAUGUCGAUAUCACCUCCAUUCAACAACUCAUAGAUGUUCGCAAUCAACUCGAUACUUAUGCUUCUCCUUCAGUUGUAGACUGGCACUUCACGUCUAUCAACAACCGCUGGACUAAACGUGCUCUGGUUGCCGCUGGCUUUGGAUACCCAACUCCCGAGGAAGAAGGAUCGCACCGCUGGAAGCCCAUUUUCUCAGUUGCAGAAAUGGGAGGAGAAGAUAGUGCGGCAGCAGCAGCAGAAGCCGAGUCUAACGAGAAAGAAAUCCGAGAACAGAGGCGCGAAAGAGAAUUAAAAGCAAACGAAGACAAGAUUAGUGGGGAUAGUGAAAGCGGAAGUGGAUUGAGCGGUAGUGACUUGAAGCAUGUGUCAAAGAAUGUUACGAGAUUGAGAACGGCCGUCGUUAAUGGUCUCAAUAGACCAUUAUUUCACAUUGAUCUCACGAGUGCGUUCCAAAGCGCAGUGGCGAACGUUAAGGCAAGAGAGGCCUUUGAAGAGCGAGGAGGUAGAGAUACUGGGAUUGUGGCUUAG